AUGCUCGUCACCAAACUCAUCUAUGUUGUAACAUUCGCUGCUGUUUCUUUGUCUUACACAAUACCUGGCCAUAGUUCCCUUCAACGUCAAGUCAUGGCCAAGAGAGCACUGCAGGAGGAUAUCACCGAGGAAAUAUAUCGCAAUUUGCCAGCCACUGAAAUUGACUUUAUCAACUACCACAUCAAGAAUCUUACCAACGCCAAUGCCACUGGCACCGUUUCCAAAUGUGAUCAGUGUAAAAAUAGAAUGAAGUAUGCCAAGUCAUUGGUUGAAGAGUACCCUGAACACCAACAUUUGGUGAGUUUGCUCUUGUAUAAGGAUUGUGUUAAUAAUAACCCCAAAAAGCCCAAUUCAUGCAUCAACAAGGAGUUUUUCAUCACUACUGAUUCGCAAAAUUUUGAAGCAUUUAAUGAUGAUUACGAUUCGGGUAUUACUUCUGGUACAAGUGUCAAUUUCUUUGAUAAUGAUUACCUUCACGUUAUUAAACACUUUAAUGUUUCUAGCGAUUUGGAUUUAGAGUAUUAUUGUUAUUUCAAAUGGAGUAAAGCUUGUGAUUUGCCCGAGACGCCAGAUGUGGUUGAGUUGUUUGAUCUUGAAAGCUGGUGGCCAGAAAAGAAACCAGAGUAUAAUAAUCAACCACAGUAUAAGAAUAAUAGCGAGAGGUUUAAUGUUGUUCAUGUGACCGAUUUCCAUAUUCAGCCGAGGUAUGAAUUGGGUUCGGAAUCCAAUUGUACUCAAGUACCAUGCUGCUUACCAGAGUCCUAUAAUAAAGUUCUUCCCGGUAAGGAUUACAACUUCACUCAAUACUACAAAAACCUCGACCCCUUUAUUGACACCUUUGAUUUCUCGUUUUAUCCUGAUGCUCAUUACGAUGAAAACGAUCAGUACAUCAAAGGGGACUACUAUGAUUUCCCAAAGUAUCGUGGCUAUAAUUGGCAAAAUGCGCCAGCAACUAGCUUUGGAGCCUACCUUUCCGAUACACCAGAGUUGUUGAUGAAUAAUUCUCUAAUCGAAGUGGCCAAAUUGCACAAGGAUAAGAAUUUCGAAUUUGUUUUAUUCACUGGUGAUUUAGUUGACCAUGAUACGGUACACGCUACACCCAAUGUGACAAAAGAAUCAGAAGUGACUUCGUUCAACUUGAUGAAACAUUUCUUGAACAAUAUCACUGUAUUGCCUUCAUUGGGUAACCAUGAUGCUUUCCCAUAUGCACAAGUGGCUCCAUUGCAAUACGAUAGAAACAACUCAUAUGAAUACAACAUCGAUGACAUGGUUAAUUUGUGGAUCAAUAACGAAUGGUUUGAUGAAAAAGAUGCCAACGAUUUGAAAGAUCAUUACACUGGAUUCUCAUAUGUUACCAAUAGAGGCUUGAAAGUUAUUGCAUUAAACUCAAAUGCGUACUAUGUUUCCAACUUGUGGAAUUAUCUUGAUCAAUCAACUAACCCCGACUUGUUUGGCAAUUGGAAAUUUCUUGUUGAUGAGUUGGUGGAAUCAGAGCAAAAGGGACAAAGGGUUUGGAUAAUUGCCCAUGUUCCACCAAAUGGUGGUGAUGCAUUGCCACUUCAGUCAAGAAUCUUUGGUAAGAUAGUGGAAAGAUUCUCUCCAUACACCAUUGCAAGUUUGUUCUAUGGUCACACUCACGUGGAUGAAUUCUCCAUUUUGUACACAAGCAAUGUCACUGCUGCUGAUGCGGUUGCUGAAGAUGUCAUCAAUAUGGCAUGGGUAGCUCAAUCGGUGACACCAUUCACCAGCUACAAUCCUUCAUGGAAAUGGUAUGAAGUGGAACACGAGAGUUUUAACGUCAUUAAUGCGUACAAUUACUACACUCAAUUGAAUUUGACGUUCACCAAUGGUGGCGAAGAGCCACAAUGGGAAGUUGAGUAUAGUGCUAGGGAUUAUUAUGACCCCGAACACACUUGGCCAGAAGAUGCUCCAUUGAAUGGGACGUUUUGGCACAAUUAUGUUGCUGAAAAGUUAUGGAAUACCACUGACAUUGAAUUUGCUCAAAAGUUUAUGGAUCUCAAGUAUAGAUUGAGUCCAUUGACCCCUAAAUGUAACGUGAAUGGAACAUUAUCAAAUGAGUGUUUUAACAACAACUGUUUUAUCAAUUUCUAUUCUGAUAAUAAUAUCAAGUGCAUGAAGAAGAAGUAA